UUCAUUCUCGCUUUUGACAGACACUGGCGCAAUGUCCCGAAGUUUGGAUGUAUCCCUGGAUAAUCCCUGGGACAAGCUUCAGUCAGUGUCCGUGACUCUGUCCUCCUCCUUGGAAGAGAAGUCCAUUAUCCAGCCCAGCCUGCCAAGCACACAGGAGGCCCAGCUGCCCAACUCCACAGAGGAAGUGGCCAUCACGCAGCCUGACAGCAACACUCCAGAUUUCUUGGAGCCUUCUUGCCAGCAGUCCCCUUGUAGCUUAGCCCAGGAUGAACCAGUGGAGACUGUAUCCCCAUCACUGCUGUCCUUCAGCAGUACAUGUCCCCCAGAGGCUGCCAGUCGAGGAACAGCUGCUGCCAUGUUCCAGAGGGUGCCUGAUGUGGAUAAACACCCUGAUGCCAGCCAUGACCUCCCGUGCGGCCAGCCAUCUGGAGCUUUCCAAGCCCAUCUGUGCCCUUUCUCUCCUGCUCUUCCCAUUUGGGGCAGCAUCAACAGCAGAGCAGCACCCCCUGCAAAUGGAGGGCAGGCUGAUCUCGGUGACGAGGCUUCUCUCCCACAAGUGGAGAACAGCGGUCUGGCAAGCUCUGAAUGGGACACUGAGCUGGGGGGCGGAGCUGGGGGAAAAGAUCUGUCCAGGAGCAGGCAGCACAGGGUGAUGAAGAGAAAGCUGCUGGUGGAUGACGGUAAGGCCCACGGCGAGGUUUUGCCCAACCCAGGGAAAACCCAUCAGAGAGCACAGAGGAAACCUCCCCAUGUGGAUGUGCCCAUGGGGGAUGAACGCUGCAUGGACGCCAGUGUAGUGGGCCAGAACCCAGGUGUGGAGUUGGUGAGUGCUCAGAGAGCUAAGAAGAGCAGGCUGGAGCAGGCCGGGCCAGCUCAGGAGCCUGCACUGCCCAGGGACCCGGAGGGGCUACCAGGAAGGGGGAGUGAGAGAGCAGCAGUCAGGAGUAUGGCUGCGUCUGGGUUCAGGCCAGACAAGAGCCCAGACAGAAGUAUGUGAAAACAACCCCACUUCAAUACACUUACAAGGCCCCAACGCCGGAUCUCUGUGCCCGAGUGAACUCCACCAGGAUCUCGAAGGCCAUGCUGCGAUGGGCCUGCUGGGUGAUCACCAAAGCUGAGCAGCCCUGAGCAAAGGCCCUGGUGGAGUUCCGGUGUGCUGUACAUAGGUUCUCCUGUUCUUGUUCACGGCUUACCCGAAGGGACGAGCAUGGAACGGUGUGACUCGAUAUCCAUGCAGAGUAGGCCCUCGGGGGCCAAAAGGAAGGUCUCUUGGCACUCAAGUUACCCAAAAGGCACUCCCAGUCCCAACGCCUCCUGCCCAGCCUCUUGGAAUAGCUACAGUGGCAUAUGCUGGGAGUCCCCUGCCAGGGUGGGGGCAGCCGAAGGACUGUGGCUGCUGCAUGGAAGCAGCAUGCAGGAGCUUUCAUUGGUACAGAGUGACACAGAGACUGAAUCUCCUGUUUGGCUGUGAGGGGCAACUGGGUUUUUUCCUGUGCUCCACGGAGAAGGGCUGGUGUAGGGAACAUUGAGUAGACACAAGUCAUCCUGGCAGCUGGAUACCUUGCUGUGGGAUAUUCUGCUCUCCCUUCUCCUUACACUCACCUCUUCAGCACGUUAAACCCCAGCUGGAAAGCAACGCCCUUCAGCGCUCUGCCUGUCGCACACACCAGCCCUGUCUGUUGUUUGUCAAGGAAUGCAACGAUCUGGGAUAGGAGCAGGCAACUACCACAGCACACGCAGAGCACCUGUGAGUAAGGGGCUUGUGACAGCUCCUUACAACCUGCAGCAGCCCUUAACUGGGCUAAUGCCCCAGACCUCCCCCAGAGGAGUUCCCUAUUAUAGCAGAGGUGAGGAAGGCGCUGUGGUAGCGUUCCUUAUCCGCAGCAGCACACCCCUCUACCAAUUGCAACUCUGGAGUCAAAGCAGUAGUUUGGUCUUUUAAUGCUUAGUUUGGUUAGAUUCCUGCUCCGUUUGUUACAAAAUAUUUCAUAUGGUUUAUGCUUUGGAAAUGAAAAAUAAAAUGUGUCUAUUUUUAAAUACA